UUAGGAAACAUGGUUGUGUAACAGCCGCAUCAAACUUACCUAAGAUACAUCUUUUAAAACAGCAUUGCAGGACUGUCUCAGCGCUAGCGGAAACAAAUAUGUUACUCUUCAGCUCAGUACGAACAACGCUUUUUUGCGGUUGCAGAAAUGCUGGCAAGGCAUUUCAACACAGCAGCCGGAGUCCACAGACACGACAAUGGCUUGUGAAGAGAGGCCAGAGCACCAUCACUGCAGAGGCGGCGACCUCCUCCACCCAGGCAGCGGCAGCCGUCCCCAACGCAGCCACAAAUCGCAUACUAGGUCGCUGGUUACUCGGCUGCAGUGGGCUGGUGGUUGGGGCUGUUGUCUUGGGUGGUGUCACAAGGCUAACAGAAUCUGGGCUUUCCAUGGUUGACUGGCAUCUGGUGAGAGAGAUGAAGCCACCUCAGUCGCAAGCAGAGUGGGAGGCUGAAUUUUCCAAGUACCAGCAGUUUCCUGAAUUCAAAAUAAUGAACCAUGACAUGACGCUGCCAGAGUUCAAGUUUAUCUUCUACAUGGAAUGGGGUCAUCGUAUGUGGGGUAGGCUGGUUGGACUUGCGUACAUCCUCCCCACCAUAUACUUCUGGAGGAAAGGAUACUUCAAUCGCUCCAUGAAGGGAAAAGUGCUUGGGCUUUGUGGAUUUGUCUUCUUUCAGGGCCUCCUGGGGUGGUACAUGGUGAAAAGCGGUCUGGAGGAGAAGCCUGAGUCUUACGACAUCCCGCGAGUCAGCCAGUAUCGUCUGAGCGCUCACCUCGGCUCUGCCUUGUUGCUCUACUGUGCCAGUCUCUGGACAGGGCUUACUCUGCUGCUGCCUGCACACAAGCUGGCAGAAAGCACACGUCUCCUGCAGCUUAGGAGGUUUGCCAAGGGUACUGGUGGGCUCGUCUUCCUUACUGCUCUCUCAGGUGCUUUUGUUGCUGGUUUGGAUGCUGGGCUGGUGUAUAACUCAUUCCCUAAGAUGGGAGAGCGAUGGAUCCCUGAUGAUCUGCUGGCAUUCUCUCCUACCCUCAAAAACUUCUUUGAAAAUCCCACAACUGUGCAGUUCGAUCACAGGAUUUUGGCAGUCUCUUCUUUGACCGCAAUUACAGGCCUGUAUCUGUUCUCGAGGAGGAUGGUGCUGCCCAGGAGGGCUAAGAUCGCCAUUAGCCUCCUAACAGCAAUGGCCUAUGGGCAGGUCGCCCUCGGUAUCAGCACGCUGUUACUGUAUGUCCCCACUCCACUGGCAGCAACUCACCAGUCAGGCUCUGUGGCGCUUCUCUCGCUGGCCAUUUGGGUUCUGGCGGAGCUCCGCAAGAUGCCCAAGUAAAUGCCUGCUCAGUCAUGGACAAAUCCAAUCCCCACCUAGCCACACCUCAAGCCUCUAAGAGUCAGCAGUGCCAUUGUGAACGCGGCAAAAGUGAAAAAAAUCAAGGCGUUAAAAACCAAACGGGAAACGUUUUUCAUUGAACACCGGGAUUUUAUGCAUACACUGAAACAUCUGUCCUGUGGCACUACAAAGCAAUCCUCGUGUGAUGAUACUGAAUUAUUCUGACCACACUGUAAUUAAAGCAAGGAUGUCAUUUUAGUGUCGUUGAUUAAAAUUAAAAGAAUGCAUCAGGGCUGUGAACCGUUUGUGGAUGCAUUUUGCCGUCAGAAGAUGACAACUUGGUGUGAGGUGUUUUGUUUGUUUUGCAAGGAAUUAAACACAGACAUGCAAAAAGUGAAAUUAAGCAAAUUUUCAGUUUCUGUCCAUCUUUAAUGUUACAGCAACAGGAUUUCCACUGAAGGGCACAUAUUUGGGUUGCAGCCAGUCAGAAUUGUGUAGGUAUAUCUUAAGUAGAUUGAAUUACCAUUUCUUCAGUUUUUACAGGAUGUUUUCAAUGAAUUUUGCUUAUGUGUUUGCUCACACAUUACCUUGCAUCUGGUCACACACUACCAGUUAGUUGAAUCAGAUGUGGCUGUUGGGAUUAUAUGUAUAACUCUGUAUAUUUAAAUUAAGAACUAUUUCUUGAUGACUGUGAUGGAUGUAAGUUAAAUACGUGGAAUCUUGAUUUUUGCUUUGUUACUGUAUCAUUAGAAAUGCAAGUCUUAUUUUAAUAAAAACAAUUAUGUACAGUC